AUGUCGCAAGUCUACACCACAGACCACUCAACGUCGGUCCUCAGCACACACAGCUGGCGCACAGUCACCAACUCGGCACCAUAUCUGCUCCCACAUCUCCAACCAUACAUGAGCAUCCUAGACGUAGGAUGCGGUCCUGGCUCAAUCAGCAUCGACCUCGCGCAACGUGUACCAUCCGGCCACGUCAUUGGCGUCGAGUACGUGUCAGACCCCCUAGACGGAGCACGAGAGCUCGCCAGCGCAGCGGGGGUGAAGAACAUCAGUUUCCAAGUCGGCGACAUCCACGACCUCCCAUUUCCAGAGAACACAUUCGACGUGGUUCACGCGCACCAGGUGCUGCAGCACAUCGCAGACCCCGUCCAAGCGCUGCACGAGAUGCGGCGCGUGGCAAAACCGGGCGGGAUUGUUGCUGCGCGCGAGUCGGCUGGACUGACCUGGUAUCCCGACUCCGAGGGCAUUGCCACCUGGAAGGAUAUGACGGAGCGCAUGCAGCGAGGAAAAGGCGGGAACCCGCAUCCGGGUCGGAUGAUUCAUGUGUGGGCUGAGAAGGCUGGGUUUUCUCGUGAGAGUAUCAAAAAGAGUGCCGGGUCGUGGUGUUUUAGUACUCCCGACGAGCGGGCGUACUGGGGUGGCUCUAUGGAGGCUAGGGCGAGGUCUUCUGGCUUUGCCAAAACUGCGGUGGAAGAGGGAUUUGCGAGACAGGAAGAAUUGGACAUGAUUGCGGCGGGGUGGAGGGCCUUUGUCGAGGAUGAGGAUGCAUGGUUUGGGUUGCUGCAUGGGGAGAUCCUCUGUUGGAAAUAA